AAGAAUCCAAAGGCGUGCGAGCCCUGCCGGAGGCGAAAGAUCCGGUGUGAUGGUAAAAUACCGUGCAGCCGCUGCGACAAAAAGCCCUCGGAGUGUGUUUAUCGUCUUCGCACCCGUGCAACACCCCCUGAUGGGAGGAACAUCGACGAGCAGGACCCUUCUCUCUCAAACCAAGCCGUAUCCUCGUCAUCUCCGGCAUCAGGUCGCAGCAAGCGAGGAGGAGGAAGAAGACCCAGGCUGCACUCGGCGUACAGCACCGUGUACCAGAGCGUGGCGGCAGCUCAUGACAACGGCAGCGGUAGGGACUGGACUGAAAACUCUCGCCUCUUCUAUGGGCCUUCGUCACAGUUUGCAUUCCUCCAGCAGGUUCACAGGGCUAUUAUUACCUCCUCCUCCUCGUCGUCGUCUUCAUCUUCCUCCUCAGCACCGCAGGGCCAGCCGGACCACGAGGUGCAGGAGGGCGGCGAAGGGUUGGACUUGUUCUUACAACGCGCCUUCUUCUUUGGCACCGCCUCGCGUGCUUUCGCCCUGGGGCUGCACCGCGAGUCCGUGAACGACCUGUGCCGGCGGGCCGAGGAUGUGCACAAGUUCCGCACAACGCUGUGGUGCCUGUACACCCUCGAGAACUCGUACUCGAUAAGCGUGGGAAGAGAGAGCUCGCUGCGCAUGGCCGACAUCUCGUCGCCUUUCCCCGAGGGACAGCCUCUUCUCGUCAGCCUCUGCCGCCUCGCCCACAUCACCGAGCACGUGAACCGCGUCAUCUACACCCAGCGUUACGACUCCCUGCGCGGCCUGUACGCCGCGGCCGAGGCUGUCCAUGUCCAGCUCCGGGACUUUGCCCGUGAAAACGGCAUCGCCGCUGGAGAGGGUGUCGGCGGCGGCGGCGGCAACAGCAACAGCAGGGUCGUCUCACAGGAACCUGCGUCGCUGAUACUACACAGCCUCUUCUACCAUACCAUCCUGCUCACGUACAGGCCGUUCCUCGUGGCCGACCAUGCCCUGAGCGCUGCUAGCCCUGAAGGCGGGAUGAAGAACAUUAACAGCAGCAGCAGCAUCAGUGGCGGCGGCGGCGGCGGCGGCGGCGGCAGCGGUGGUAGUGCGAUGUGGCUUCGCCAGGCGUGCAGGACAGCCAUUGACUCGGCACAGGACUGUAUCCUGUACGCGCACUCGCAGAUCAAGAAGCACGAGGCUUGUCGGGGGUGCCGAUACAACGGCUUCUUCUUCGAGUCGAGCUGCGCCGUCCUGUUCUUCGACAUUCUGCACCACCCAUCCAGGUACCCUUAUAACGCGGAGUACAUCCACAUGGCCCUGCAGUCCCUCGACUCCAUGGUCCACGACGAGCCCAUCACCAACGCCCGCCGGUCCAUCCGCCAGAUCCUGCGCGUGGUCGAGGAUACCAUUGCUAAAAAGACCGCCGGCGGAGCCACGAGUGUUCCAGUGGCCACAUUUACAUCUGCAUCCUCAUCAUCCUAUGCACAGUUCCCCUCGCUCAACGGGCCCAGCCAGCAGCUCAUCUACUUCUCCGACCUGGGCGGUGGUGGUGACGCUGCUGCUGCUGUUGGUGGUGCUGCUGGGGAUGGCGGCACCCCUUGCCAGAAUCUUCCCUCGGCAGACGCCGAGGCAGGCGGCGAGUGGCUGGACCCUCUUUCGAAUUUCCACUACGACGUCCUGGCGACCGAUCUGUACUCCUUCUUCCCAUUAAACAUGACGCCGCCA